AUGGGAAAUAACUGUGUUGCAUGGGAAAGAUUCACGCCAAGUGGUCCUGUAGCUCUUCUACCACUUACUGAGAAUAUGAGUUCAGUGACAUGGUCGACAAGUACAGAGCAUGCCAAAGAAUUGCUUUCAUUACCACCAGAAGAAUUUGUUGACGAGCUCAAUGAAUUUCUGACCACUGAUAUUCAUCAGAAUUCCAUAACAAAUCAGUUUUUAUCACUAACAGAACAGCUAUUGAAAAGAGUGUUUUCCGUAAGCGAGAAGCCAGAACUUGCAUUUCCAACGGUCAUAUCCUUAUAUGAAGGUACUCGUGCUGGAUUUCCGUUGGCUUUUGGACAUAGCUAUAGUUAUGUUAAACCAAGAGCCGCGCUGAUUGGAGAUGCCGCUCAUCGUACUCAUCCAUUGGCUGGACAAGGAGUUAAUCUAGGAUGGAGUGAUGUGAAAAUAUUGCUAUGUUGCCUGGAGCAAUGUGUAAUCGAUGGCGGUGAUUUAGGUUCGCUUACGUAUUUAUCUGAUUAUGAUACACAAGCACAGCGACGGAAUGUACCUGUGCAGGUGGUAUGCGAUUGGUUGAAUAGACUUUACUCGACGCAUAAUACGCCACUGAUUCUUAUACGUUCCUUUGGUCUUAACAUGGUCGACAGAUUCACACCUUUGAAAAUUGCUGUCACUUCGAUGCUCUUAGGACCUUAUCGUUUACCGGACGUCAACGUAAACAAUGCACUGAACGUGGAAACAAAUGUCGACAACAUCACGCAAUUAGCAAUAACAACAGAAGCGAUAGCGAAGUAA